GUAAUCACAGCCAGGCUUUUCCACAUAGAGAGUGUAGUCAGUCAGGACACACAGGGCCAGGGCUUGGCCGCAUAGCACGCAUAGGAGCCCGCACACGAUCACAGCGAUGCUGCCCAUCAUGAUAAGAUCCAACCUGCUGACACCUACUGGCUGAUAUGGGAACCACACUCUGCAAAGCAACAGAAAGUGAUCAUUCUGUUCCCUCGUCCGUGAUACACAGAUGCUCUCAACACGCAACACACAAAGGUCACUGAUCACAAUUACAAGCUAUUUGGUAACACACCUCCUUUAAUAGUACAGUUUACAACACUCUUAAAUGAUAACCCAAUUUCAUGGCCGUUUAGCCCACAAUUAACUGCAUGUCAUUUUUGAUAUUUGCUAGUUAACCAUUUCAUUCUACCCUUUAUAAUUCAGUAAUCAUUACACGGUUACAAAAGUGGCAAAAAGUGCAGCAGUGUAAAAUCAAGGUGAAAAUGUGUUGAUUUAAAUGUCCUCCUUCCAUUGCUGGUAGAAAAUUACUUACCUGGCUGCAAUGAACAAGUCUAAGACUGUAGGGCAAAAGUCCUCCAGUCCUUUAUACAUGAUGUCAAAUCCCUCUUAAUCCAUAAGCUUCCUAUCUUCCAACCCAGUGAAAGAGGAGAGACAUCUUUAUGGAUGUUGAUCAUCUGUACAUACCAGCUUCCUGCGUAAACGAUGGGAGAGUGAAAUGCAGCACAGGAGCAGAUUGCCAUAUAUGAAAUGAUUGUCUAGAUUAAGAUUGCUUGACAUUGAGUUUUGCAAGUAGGUUGCGUUACUGAUUCUUGUCAAGUGUGGGAAUAUAAUCGUGACUCAAUAAACUCCUAAAAAUUGUGAGCAUAACUGCAUGAGCAGAAAAAAAAGCAUCACAAUGCAAACAGUAUCCAAAAUGAAACAACUCACGCCAGAAAAAUGCUAUCGGUUUUAAAAGUUUUCUUCAGUUUCAUGGGUAUUGUACAAAGGUCUUGUGACUACCUCAAAGGCAUUUUAUAGCUUUGGGAUGACACAAAAUACAUGUGAAACUCUAAUAGAAAGAAAAAGUAUUACAAAGUUCUUUAAUCUGAAAAUAGAUUUUAAUUCAUAGCAAUUUCUGAUGAUGAUGAUGAUGAAAGCUUUAACCAUGUCAUGCUAUACUACAGGAACAUCUUUAAGUCACUACAAUAUUACCGAAUCUUUUAUUUUGGCAUAAUGCCUCCACAUGAGGUGGAAGUCUUGUAGUCUGUUUUCAGUCAUCGAUCUCCUACAAUAUGCAGUCUCUAAAAGCAUCAAUAUUCCCAUACAUGUUAGAAAGCCCUAUACAAAUCUGACUGGAAUGGUCAAUCUGUUGAAAUACAGUGGGUCUUCCAUAUCUGUGGAUUCAACCAAUAUCCAUCAAUUUUCUGUAACCACUUGUCCUAUUCAAGGUAACAGGGGCCCAGAGCCUUUCCCAUCAGAGGACACACUCAUAUACCAUUCACACACACCUAUGAGCAAUCCCAGUUAACCUCAGCACAUUUUUGGACAUGGGAAUCCCAUAACAACACUGGGUGAAUGUGUAAACUCCACACACAUGGAACCAUGGUGGAGACUCAAACCCAGGUCCUAGAGGGGUCAAGCAGCAAUGCUAAUCACUGCACCACUAUGCUGCUCCUCAAGAAUUAUCUUUAAAAAAUCUUAAAGUUACAAAACUUGAAUUUGCCUUGCAUCAAGCACUACACUGAAUCCACAUGAAAUAAGUGAUGUGUAGGCGUACCCUACUGAAGCUUUUCUAUUUAUAAAUAUAGUUUUUGUUUGUACUACAAUGCUUGUGUCUAUAUUGAACAAAUACUUUCCCUUGCUAUUAUUCCAACAAUACAGCAUAACCACUAUUUACAUUAGGUAUUAUAAAUAAUUUAGAGAUGACUUAAAGUAUAGGCUACAGGAUGAUGUGUGUAGGUUAUAUGCAAAUGAUACACUAUUUUGUAUAAGGAACUCGAGCAUCUGCGGAUUUUGGUAUCCGAUGGGGGUUCUGGAGCACAUCCCCCAUGCAUACAGAGGAACGACCGCUAUUUGAAAGAUCAUGGAAUAUUUCAAAAUAUUAAUGUAAUAGUUAUAUAUUACCUAAGUCUUUGUCUAAAUGUUAACUUGCCAGAAAAGUCAACAGUGAAUACCUGCUCCUCAAUAAAAUUUCCAGCAUCAGUGAAGUUAAUUUUUCAUCCAAGGAAGAAAGUGUGGUUUCAUGAUGUCAUAGAUCCUUUCUGGCUUUAUCUCCCAGGAAAGCGCCUACUUACCAGUAAUCCCUUUGAGUUAAUCACAUGGAUAUUUGGUGUUCUCAGAUGCUACACUCAUCUAUUUUCAUAGAAUUUAUGGGAAACCAAUCCAGCGAUGGAUGGAAACUGUGAGUGACCCAUUGAAAUCAUUAACUGUCCCUCUACAAACAUUAGGUUCUCAUGUUUGUGGCUAAGAAAAACAUCUCAGCCAACCAUCAGCAGAAGAGUGAUUUAAUCUCUGAUCCCUGAGUUUCUGGGGCUUAGGGAAGCUCCUGUAAGUGGACAUAAUUAGCUGGCCUCCCCAACUUGUGAAAUGAACUUAGGUCAGCCUGGGAAAUGUGGAAAUCAUUGCAAGAAGCAUGUCAUGUAAGCAGAGCAGGAGCAAUAGGUGGAGAAAUUGGUUACUUUGCUUGAAAACCAGGUAAAAACAUCGAAGUAGCUACCUUCAGUCAUGUCGGUGUUUCAGGAUGGCUAAUCUUUUGUGGUGCAAUCAUUCACUGCUGCUCUUACACUUAGCAACAAUUGUAACAGCUUAAGAACACAGUGUAUUUGUAAAGUUCGAGGUAUUGGUUAGGUUUCUGAUUUACACCAAGCAGUAAUCUGCAAUAGUGGGUAAAACUAACACAACCUGGAAUGGAUGGAAACUCUACAGCAUAGUCAAGUGUGAAUCUGAAUUCCUCGUAGCAACGUAAAACGUAUUGUCUGGUUAUCUAUAAAGGUUAAACGUUUAUCGAGACACUACGGAAUCAGAGGCUGGAAAGGAUCCAGUGUCAACAGGAGAAAGUAAGAAGCAAAUCGUAAUGCGGGAAUACUAAACAUUGUAGUUUGGACUGUGACUCCUUGACCUUUCAGGACAUAUGUAAGCAUGAGGUGCGACUGCAGAGCGACAGUUUGCAGGUGCAGUUUACAGUCGCAGUUCCUUGAACUUUGACGACCAUGGUAGGCACUGGGGGCCCUGUGGCCCCCUUCUCUGUGUGGGACUAUGUGGUGUUUGCCGGAAUUGUCCUGGGGGCAGCGGGAAUCGGUCUCUUCCAGGCCAUCCGAAGCCGUAGGGACAACAGCAGCCAGGAGUUCCUGCUUGGAGGGAGGCAGAUGAGCGCCGUGCCAGUGUCUAUGUCAUUGACCGCCAGCUUCAUGUCGGGCAUCACCGUGAUUGGUACCCCGGCAGAGGCCUACUUGUAUGGGACACCCUUUUGGCUUUUCGGCUUCUCAUACGCCAUCAUGUCCACCGUCAGCGCUGAGAUCUUCGUCCCCUUAUUCUAUCGUUUAGGGAUCACCAGCGCGUAUGAGUACUUAGAGAUGCGCUUCAAUAAAGUGAUACGGGUCAUAGGAACCAGCAUGUACAUCACACAGACCGCUUUGUACACAGGGAUGGUUAUCUAUGCCCCUGCCCUCGCAUUAAACCAGAUCACAGGGCUUGACCUCUGGGGCGUGCUGGUGGCCACGGGCGUCGUGUGUAUCAUUUACUGCACAUUGGGUGGCCUUAAAGCAGUCAUUUGGACAGACGUGUUCCAGAUGGUCGUCAUGCUGGCUGGUUUUGUGGCUGUCAUUGUCCGGGGAGCCAUCCUCCAGGAGGGUCUGACUAAGAUCUGGGAUGAUGCCCGUCAAGGGGAAAGACUCAAUGCGUUUGACUUUAGUCCUGACCCUUUGAGGCGGCACACGUUCUGGACCAUUGUCGUGGGCGGGAGUUUGAUGUGGACGUCAAUCUAUGCCAUCAACCAGUCGCAGGUGCAACGCUACAUCUCAUGUCGCACCGUCACCCAUGCCAAGCUCUCUCUGUAUAUAAACAUGGUGAGCCUGUGGGUCACUGUGAGUUUGGCAGUCUUCUCUGGCCUCACUAUGUAUUCCAUUUACAAAGACUGUGACCCAAUCACCAACAAAGAUGUUGGGGCUCUUGACCAGAUGUUGCCAUACUUGGUGAUGGACAUUUUGUCAGAGUUCCCUGGAGUUCCUGGGCUGUUUGUGGCAGCUGCAUACAGUGGCACUCUUAGCACCGUGUCAUCCAGCAUCAAUGCCCUGGUCGCCGUUACUAUGGAGGACUUUGUCAAGCCCCUGUGGACCAGCAUGACUGAGAAGCAGGCUUCUCUGCUUAACAUGGGCCUCAGUGUGGUCUUCGGAGCAGUCUGUAUCGGGAUGGCAGCUGUGGCAUCUCAAAUGGGAAGCAUUCUGCAGGCAGCCCUGUCCGUUUUUGGGAUGAUCAGCGGACCAUUGCUGGGACUUUAUGUGCUUGGAAUGUUUUUCCGCUGUGCAAACUCAUCUGGAGGACUUGUGGGAAUGAUUACAGGCCUUUUGCUGACACUGUGGGUGGGUAUUGGGGCCCAGAUGUACCCUCCUCUGCCAGAGAAGACCAGACCACUUCCUCUGAGCACAGAGGGGUGCAUUUACAACAAUACUCAGAACUUCACCACCAUGUCACCCUGGAGCAGCACACAAACAUUGAUUCCAACGAUUCCUAACAGCAGACCAGCCUUAGCAGACAGCUGGUACUCACUGUCCUAUCUUUACUUCUGUCCUGUGGGGACAUUGGCGACCAUCAUCAUAGGACUGCUGGUCAGCAGUGUCACAGGUGGCUGCAAGCAGAGAACAAUCCGGCCUGAUCUGUUUGUUAGGAAGAGUGAUUUAUUCUGCUUUAGCAGCUGUGAUGACUGCUCCACGCCACCGGAGUCCGAAGCACCAGUGAAGUCAAGCUCCAGUCUAAAGGAGGGAAAGAAAAACCUCGCAUUCAUAGGCUCGCAGAUGGAUAUUGCGGAUAAGAACCAUGAAAAACUCACAUGGUUCUGAACUGCAGCCGGAUUGUAGAUGUGCAUUCCCACUUUGAUUCUGCUAGAGAAGCAAGCGAGGUCUAAGUCCAUUGUGGCGGUUACAUCAAAUUUGAUGAAUGGCAUUACACACCAAUGACCUCAUCUGAGUGUAUGUAGCUUAAGAGCUGUUGGGCCUUGUUAAGGAACACUGAACCAUAAACUACAAAAGUGUGCAAAAACGCAUUUCAUUUCACCAGAAACAACAGGGCCUUUGUCAGGCAAUUUAAGUCUCUGUGGAUUUCACACUUCAGUAGAUUAUAUUAAUGUAGUAUUUCUAUUUCACACAUUAAUGAACACUAUUACUAAAAAGACCCAAAACUGUUUCAUACAUAUGGCAUAGCAGGGAUAAUUCUUUUUUUUAUUUUAUACACUUUUGUGGUCUAUUUUAAAUAACACGCAUAUUCUAAUUUUUGUGGGCCAAAAACCAUCUGUGGUGAAGUUAUUGUAGAAUUAUCCAUGUACAGCUAUAUUGAAAAUAAAUAGUCAUAUUGUAAAAUAGUACCACAUUUUUAUAGCUAUAUCAAAAUAAACAUGAUCCUCCCAGACAUUUAUUUUGCCUUGA